CUUUAACUUUAGCCUGUAGUAGUACUGGUUAAUUGUGAGUAUUGAUCAGAUCAGAGUUGACAUAAAAUUUCACCAUGCUAGACAGUAGUGCUAAUUCUUCUGAUGCGGCUUCCUCAGAAAAUAAUGGAGUGAUCCUUCCCAAAAGAAAAAGAAGACCUCCGGGCACACCAGAUCCAGAUGCUGAGGUCGUGUGUUUGUCACCGAAGACUUUGUUGGAAUCAGACAGAUACGUGUGUGAGAUCUGUAAUCAAGGGUUUCAAAGAGACCAGAAUCUUCAGAUGCACAGAAGAAGACAUAAGGUGCCUUGGAAAUUGCUGAAAAGGGAGAGUAGCAGUGCGCAAGAGGCGAAGAAGAAGGUGUUUGUGUGCCCUGAGCCUACUUGUUUGCACCAUAAUCCUUGCCAUGCUCUUGGAGAUCUCGUGGGCAUCAAGAAGCAUUUUAGGAGGAAGCAUAGUAAUCACAAGCAGUGGGUUUGUGAGAAGUGUUCUAAAGGAUAUGCUGUCCAGUCUGAUUACAAAGCUCACCUCAAAACCUGCGGCACCAGAGGCCAUUCCUGCGACUGUGGUCGGGUCUUUUCCAGGGUUGAGAGUUUCAUUGAACAUCAAGACGCGUGUACUGUUCGAACAGCUUCGAGCACCAGUCCAUCGAGUGAGGCCAAUUUAGUUCCAUUAAUGCAAGGCUUGGCUGUGCCAAAACCACCUGCAUUGUUGACCUCGGACUUACAAAACAAUAAGCCUCCCUACACCGCUACUUCUCAUCAGAGACAUAAUAAUCUGGAAGAACUCCAGCUCCUACGUUGUUCUUCUUCAUCGGAUGCUCGAGGAAACCGAGGUUCUGAUCAUGAGGACGAUAACAACCACGAAACUGAUCAGACCCAUCUGAAGCUUUCAAUAGGGUCAUGCAGUCACAAUAUUAACACCAACAGGAAUGUUGCGAACGAAGCAGAAGCAGAAGAAGCACCGAGACUAAGGGAAGUGGGGUGGUUGAAAGAGUGUGCUAGUGAAGAGCUCAAGUUGGCUAUGGCUGAGAAGGCUUAUGCAGAAGAGGCUAGAAGAGAGGCUAAGCGUGAGAUAGAGAUGGCUGAGAUUGAGUUUGGGAAAGCAAAGAAGAUAAGGAAGGAAGCUCAGGAUGAGCUAGAGAGAGCAGAGGCUUUGAAGAAGCAAGCCAUGAUGAAGACGAGUUCCACUCUGCUGCAAAUCACUUGUCAGGCUUGUAAGCAACAGUUCCAAUCCUCCAUUGCUGGGGUUUCGUCAGAAGAGACAUCACUUGUUAUGAGCUGCAUGUCCUCCCCCACCACUGAAGGAGAAGGAGAUCAAUGACCUUAACGACAAAACAAUUUUCGAGUGCUCGUUACGUCGUUAGGCCUCCCCACCAAAUCUGGAUUUCCAACAGUCAUAAACCAGAUGAGGAAGGGAAAGAAGAGAAGUGAAUCUUUUACACACUUUCACUCUCUAAAUACAUUUAACAGACAAGAGCACUACGAAUCAAAAGGAAAAUUUUCCACUUUUUUUUUUUUGGUUUUGGUUUAGUUUGAGAAUGGUAACAAAUAUUUGAAAAUUUUUGCUUGAAUCUUGUCUAUAACUUAAGAUAUUGCUAGAAAGAACGAUCGAUAACUACUAGGAAAUUGGUUCUUUAGUUGUUUGCUUUUGAUUUUGAUAUUUUGACUGGAAGAGUAGUUCUGAAAUAUUCUUUGUUGUUGUCAAACGCAUUAACUGUCAAGAUGCAAUAUAUAUGCACGUGUGUUUCUACAAGUCUGAAAAUUAAUCGUUGUGACUUUGUUGAACUAUAGUUGUAAUGGCCUGUUUUGUCU